AUGUCGAGACCGACCACGAGAUCGAUCGCUAGCGCCGGCAGCGAGUCCGUCGGAAGUCACCGACAACGAUCGUCGUCUGUUGCGCGGGGCGAACGCUCCGCUUCGAACCCUGCUUCUUUUUCGAUGGAGACGAACCACUAUGAUACCGCCCUUCCUCCGAUCAACUUUCAUCACGCCCCCGUUGCACAUCGCCGGACGGGAAGUACUUUGAAGACUGUCAUGCGGAAGAUUUUCAACCGGAAGAGACAGAGCCAGACAGAUGGCGUCGAGGAGAGCCCGAUUGAGUCCUACUACUCGUCUGUCCCCGCACGUUCAUCGGGACCGGUCGAAGGCAGAUCAUUCCUGGCGGUUCCGACGCCCUCAGAUUCCAAACGGAGUAGUCCACUCUCAGAGGAGAACCUGCAGCUUGCGGACUACCACCUUUCACCGACCGCACUGAGCCAUACAUCUUUACCCUCACCUGGGGUGGUGUCUCGGAGAAGACGCGCAACGCUUCCGAGUGUGAUCUUCUCGGACGACGAGUCUCAUUAUGCUUGCGCAUCGAGCGCAAUUUCAGACCCCUAUGAAGAUCGACCGCACAUAACCGAUCAACAAAGAACCCGCAACAUGCUUCAAGAUCGACGAAGGUCAAGGAGUACAGAUGCACUUCGGGAAAUGGUCGGUGAACGACCAAUAUCGGCUGCGGCCUGGCCCCAACGCUCGACAUCCGUCCCGCACUCGGCCCCUAAUUCCAAGUCCCCUCCGCUGCUGGAAGAGAGCUCUGCCAGCGACCGCUCUGCGAGACCAUCCACGGGAACUACUGUGACAAGUGUCUCGCGCGCGUCUGCGACGCCAUCGCUCGUGGGAUCGGAUCACCACCCCGAGCCCAUGAGUCCGUUCCCACCGAAUAUGAGCAACCUCGUUCAUACCAUGCAACGAGACGACGGUUUGACUGUGGAACAGCGGUUGAAUACAAUUGAAGUAAAGAUGAUCGAUCUGGAGUUUGCCAUUGCCCGCAUGCAGUCCAGCUCAGCCAACUCAAAUGACAAUUCCGCUACUGAACGGCCAUCUCGAAAGCAGGCCCCCUCAAGCGAAUCCGUCACGCCACAGAUGCGCAACAAGACAUCUGCAUUCUUGGGUACAGCUGACCGCGACGAGUCUCCCAGCCCACUGGCGGAUCUCCCAACAGUGCGUCCAAGCAGCAUGAGCACCAUCCGCCCAGACACCAUGAACUCCCGCACACUCCGCCCCACCCCGUCCGCAACAUCAUUAUCCGAUUUCAACGGUGUCUCCAUUGAGAAAUUCAGCACCCUGGUGGCUCUCCUUCGUCGCGAACAGACGGCUCGCCGGAAUCUUGAAAGCCAGGUUGCUACUCUUCGCGAUGACCUGCGACAUCUCCAGCGCGCGGCCUUGCAUUCUAUGGAGCUCGGGACAAUGUAUCCAAUUCACAGUGUCGACUCGCAGGAAUUCCUUCGAUUCCGCCGUGCCUUGGACGACUCCGAUACCUCGCCGAUUCAAGAGGUCGAUGAGAAGCACAUUGCUUACGACAAUGCCUCGGACUGGGACCCCCAUGGUCAUCAUGAUAGUCCCUUUACUCCUCCCAAAUGGGAGCAUGGGCAGCGGACAGUAGCCCCGCCGAUGAUCUAG